UGAAAUUUUGGGUACCCGGCUGAGAUUCAUAUUUAGGUAGAUGCAUAGUCUAAAUCUAAUUCCAUUUCGUUUAUAAAUCCCAAUCCCAAUCCCACAGGGGAGGAGAGGAAUCAAAUCGAAGGAUGGGAAGAGAAGUAUCGGAGAGCUGUGUGGAGAGUUUGGUGGCGGAGAUUGUCUCCUCGUAUUGCAGGGGAUUCUAUGCAGACAAGCCGGAACUCGCCGCUCCAAGGAUCGAAGCCAUUGGGUUUCAGGUCGGCCACCAACUGUCGGAAAGAUACACAAUGGAUCGGCCAAGGUUCACGGAUCACCUGGAGGCUAUAAAGUUUAUUUGCAAAGACUUUUGGUCUGAACUCUUCAAGAAGCAGAUAGAUAACUUGAAGACAAAUCAUAGAGGUACUUUUGUAUUGCAAGAUAAUCGGUUUCGGUGGCUAGCACAUAUGUCAGUCGAUCCAUCAGUAGAAACGACUGGUUCUAUUCAAGAUCCUUCAGCAAUGGCAGAAAACAGAGCAGCACAGGCUACUGGCUUGCAUCUUUACUUUCCUUGUGGAAUUAUAAGGGGAGCACUUUCAAACUUAGGAAUUCCUUGUGCUGUUUCUGCGGAUAUAUCCAACCUCCCAGCAUGUUCUUUCGUGGUCCGCAUAAAAGCCUGAUGUACAAGCUGUGUAUGGAGUAAUGGGGAUUGAGCUUCAGGUUUCAAAUUAUCACGUGUGUGGAAACUUUUAUUUCCUCUUACAAUUGGAGUUCGGAGUUUCUAGUGUACCAACUCUGGGAGCUCAAGUGUAACUCAAGUUAUCUCUUUUUAUGGGAUUGUGCUCAAAGUAAUUGUUAUUUUCAACUUCUGUGCCUUCUUAUGGGAGCUAGGAUGUUGUAAAGCACUAAUGAAAGUGGAAAAUAGGUUAUCCUUUAUGUUUCCUUAUGCCAAAACUAAGUAUCCUGUCCGUUGCAUUUGUCAUCAGAGUGAGUACUCUUCACUUCUUUUUUGCUUUUUCAUCUAGGGCAUUAAGGAAUUGGAUCCUGCACAUGCUUGUAGGCCAGUCUAAUGAAGUCAUUCCUGGUAAUUUAAGUGUAUGCAAUCAUUAAGAAAAGCAAGAUAUUUCAGUAUUUUGACAUCA